ACCUAAUUAUUGGGAUAUUAUUCUUCCUUUUUAAAUUAUGGUAAUGAAAUAAUAUGAUUCAGAUGCUUCUAUCUUCUAAACCCAUUCGCUCUCUCCGAUCACCACCAUUUGAUCUAACGGUCUCAUUACUCUUAAGGAAACCGAAGACAAAAACAGAGGCGCAAAACGAAUCUGACGGGAAGCUUUUCAGAUAUUUUUUGUUUUUGUUUUGGGAAAAAGGAUUCAUUUUUUUUUAGGGUAAUCUUCUCUCGAUCUAUGACGUACAGCAAUGGCGUCGAUGGGACGGUGCCUGAGCUGAAUUUGAGAGCCGAAAAUGGUGAUUAUGUGAAAUUGAGAGGAGGAUCGGAUGAAGAAGAAGGUUCAUCGGCGGAAUCAUCAUCAUCAUCAUCGGGAUGUUCGAUUGGAUCGGUUACUUCUGUCUGGUUCUGGGUGAAAUUGAUCUCCCUGGGCGUUUGUUUGGGUUCUUUGGCUUUUGUAAUUAUCAAAUGGAUUGGUCCCUUUUUGAUCGAAAAGGAACUGAUUCCAUUUAUAAAUUGGGUGAGAAACACUUUCAGCAUUCCAAUUCUCGGUCUUCUACUCUUUGCCUCGGUGGCAUUGUUCCCAAGCAUUCUUCUUCCAUCUUCUCCUUCCAUGUGGAUGGCUGGUCUUACAUUUGGUUAUGGAAAGGGGUUUCUAUUGAUUUUCUCAGCAGCAUCAAUAGGUGUUACUCUUCCUUUCUUAAUCGGACAUCUCUUUCUCCACAAGAUGCAAGAAUGGCUGAAGCAAUAUCCGAAAAAAGCAGCCAUACUUAGAGCUGCUGGUGAAGGAACAUGGUUUCAUCAGUUUCAAGCAGUCACUCUAAUCCGUGUCUCUCCAUUCCCUUACAUAAUAUACAACUACUGCGCAUUAGCGACUGGAGUUCACUACGGUCCAUACAUCUUAGGGUCUCUUGUUGGAAUGGUUCCUGAGAUCUUCGUCUCAAUUUACACGGGAAUAAUGCUAAGAACACUAGCAGUUGCAUCAGAUGAGAGACACACGCUUUCGGUUGUGGAGAUAGUCGUGAAUGUUGUAGGAUUCUGUGUAACUGCAAGCGCAACUAUAGUCUGCACAAUCUAUGCAAAGAAGAAACUAAGUGCAAUGCAAGCAGAGGAAGUGGAGACGCUACAAAGUCCAAUACUUUAACUCUUUUCACCACGAAGCGCUUCGUUACCACAACAUGCCCCCAUCUAACACGACUUGAAAUUGAUCUCAUAAUAUAUAUGUUUUGUUUUCUUUUUGUUAUUCAUCUUCAUUUGAAAAUGAAUAUUUUUAUGUCUUUUUCUUGUAUAUAAUAUAUAUAUCAACUGAAUUUUGAAAAUUUUCAAUGUAUAUUGAUUAGAUCAUCUAAACUCUUUUCAAUCUACUACUUUUUUCUUCU